AUGGAUUUCAUCAAGACCAGUUCCCUGCGUGCUCUGAUUGAGUUAACUUUCCAACGCAACUGGAACGGCCUCAUUUGGAUGAGUAGAAAAGGAGUUACAACCAAAAGAGUGAAGACUGUCCAGACGGCUCUAUCGAGAAAGCGCCCAACCGCAGAGCGGCUGGCCGAGAAACGAAUGUUCCGCUCGGCCAAAUCAUCCGUCCGUCUGAAGUCUCGGCCAAAGUUCAAACCAUCCGGCCGAUACGCAUCACGACCCGGGAAACAUGUCCCGCGGUCGGCCAAGCCACGCACACGCCAUGCCGCGCACGACCAUGCCGCGCGAGCCGGGAAGCAAAGCCUCGCGGCCGCGCAACCUACUCGCGUACCACGGCCGAUGGCGCCGUCCGAGCCGGGAAGCACGUCCCGCGUCCGGCCGAGAAAGCAUCGGCCAAUCCUUACCCGUCCGACCACAGCGGCCGACCGAGAAACCAUCCGGCCACGACCGUUCCGACACGACCAUGACCCGAUUGUCCGGCCGAUCGUCCCCCGACCGUCCAACGCCGCGGUCGACCCGAAGCCCGUUUUGAAGCCCGUUUCAUGUUUUCAGGCCCGGCUUAACCCUAAGCCGCCUCUGAAGACCUAG